CUUCCGUCUCCAGGAAUACUCUUGUACUCUUCACUUCUUUCUCGUUCUCUCAGCUUCAAAAAGGUUGUCUAUUCGCACAUACCUUCCGUGUCAAUCUUGACUCGGCCUCGCGGACGACUCGAGACGCCAAUCACAUUGCCCUCCCUCCGCGUCCUCGCGGCCCCAGCGCGCGCUACGCGUCCAUCUUUAGGACGUGAGACAGCCCACCUCCAUCAUGGCGGCAGUUGUCGUGCUCGCUGCGACGGCCUUGAUACCGCUGACGUCCCUUGUCUCAUUUUCAAUCUAUCUGUCGACGCACCCCGCGUCACCAAUCCCUCUAGCUCUCCGGCGCCGAGGUGUCCAGUUGCCCUUGAGCGCUGACGAUGGUCUUGGGCCGAUACGCGAUGCGUUCGAGAUUGAGAAUCCCAUCGUGUGCGAGGACGGCGUCCCUGUUCAGCCCGAGCGGUUCUGGAGAAGGCAGUGGCAGCUCAAGAUUGCGCUGUUCAUUACCUACCUUCUUCCGGUCGCUGCCAACAUCGUUCUCCUGACGCUCACCAUCAUCUCCUCUGAGGGGCUAGAGGAGCACGAGCGCGUCCGUGCGCUCCUUCUCCCUGCCCUUCUGGCACCCGCCCACCUCGCGACCAUCAUCAUGACUGUCUGGUUCUUAGGCCAGAAUGAGACGCGCACACACUGGGCGACGACGAUCCACCUCGCAGCCGGCAUGUUCACCCAGUUCAUGAUCGUGGGCUUCCUGGCGCUCGUUCCCUCGACUCCAGUACCUACAAAGCCCGUCAGCCUCGCACUCUUCACAUUACACCCGCCCCUCAAGCUCAUCUCCAUCCUCACCGCGGUCCUUCCGCUGCUGCAGUUCAUCCCUCUGUUUAUCGUGCUCAACAUUCGCCGCGGCCCACCAAUGUACAUCCCCGUCAAGGAUCUGCUGCCAGCCAAGAUUGUUGAAGCCAUCCCGCUCGACCACCCGUGUCUCAACCCCAACAUUGCCAAUGUUACCGACGAGGUCAAUGUCACCAUUCCCGAGUGGAUGUUGUUCUCGUACAGCGCGGCUGUUAUCGAGCGCUCCAAGGUCAACGACUCGAUGGACGUCUGGGAUCUUCCAUUUGUGCCCGCCCAACUGCGCGCCCUCCCUAAUUUCAUCGAGUUUAAGGCUGAGUACGGCAAGCGGGCCACGCGCUUCGGCAAGUGGGAAGGGUACAACCUCCUCUGGAAGCUGGCGAAGGUCAAUAAGGGGCUCCUCAUUGCACAGGCCAGUCUGGCGGCAGUCACCGGUGUUCUCUACUACGGACCACACCUUCUCCUCAAUUUCUUCCUGACAUACCUUGAGAACGAUCCAAGACGCACCAACCCCGCAUGGGGCUGGGUGUUCGCCAUCGGCAUUCUCGUGUCCAACCUCUUCAUCUUCUUGAUUGCUGGCAUCAUCUGGUCAAUCUCGUCCGUUAAUCUCAGGAUCCGCUUUAAGCUGCAGCUCAACACGAUCUUGUUCUCCAAAACUCUGCGCAAGAAGGACAUCGCGGCGAUGGGAGACGACACAGGCAAAGCAAAUGAAGAGGACGAUGGCGACAAGAAGGGCUCGAAGGACAAGAAGAAAGAGAAGAAGAAGGACAAAAGUGAUGAUGAUAGCGAUGAGGGCAUCUCAUCCAAGUCACAGAUCAUGACUCUCUUUACCGUCGAUGUCGACCGCGUUGGUGACUUCGUCUUCCACGUUUUCACCCUCGUCGACGGUCCAAUCGAGAUCAUCGUCGCGACUUUCUUCCUGCUCUCCCUGUUGGGCUCGUCUGCGCUCGUUGGGCUGCUCACCACUCUCCUGUGCUUGCCCCUCAGCCAUCUCGCCUCCAAGGUCGUCGUCAAUUCGCAGGAGGGCCUCAUGAAGGCGCGUGACCAGCGCACAGCACUCAUGAACGAGGUGCUCCAGGGUAUCCGAAUGCUCAAGUUCAUGGCAUGGGAGCGGCCCUUCGAAACGCGGGUCAACAGGAUUCGGCGCGAGGAGCUCGGGUGGCAGCGUCGCAAUUUCCAGAUCGAGCUCGCCUUCGACGUGCUUUGGGCGUUCACGCCGAUCCUCGUUACUAUCGUGUCCUUCGUCCAUUACACCGUGAUCCGCGGCGAGAAGCUUACCCCUGCUGUUGCGUUCACCUCUAUCGCUGUCUUUGACGAGCUGCGUUUCGCCCUUAACGCCCUGCCGGAGACGUUCAUGCAGGCGUUGCAGGGCUUCGUUUCAUGCCGCCGCAUCGAGAAGUACAUGACUCUUGCAGAAGUGAAUGCCGCCUCCGACUUUGACGGCGGCGACAUUGUCCUCACCAACGCAACCUUCACUUGGCCCAAGGAUGACUCGGCCAACGGCCUCAAGUCAACCGUUCCCACGCCCCGGCCGGCCUUCUCGCUUGCUGACCUCACUCUGCGGUUCCCCAAGGGCAAGCUGUCUCUUAUCUGUGGUCGCCUUGGGUCGGGCAAGACACUUCUGCUCAGCGGACUGCUAGGCGAAGCCGAUCUCGUCGCAGGUCAGGCGCGCGUUCCUCGCUCGCAACCGGACACAAUGAGCAUCGACAAUGACGGCAAGCCGAUCGCCGAAGCUGACUGGCUCCUGCCGGGGAUGGUCGCGUACGUGCCCCAGCAGGCCUGGUUGCAGAACGCGAGCAUCAAGGACAACAUCAUCUUCUCCAGUCCAUGGAAUAGGGUGCGCUACGACGCCGUCAUCAUCGCAUGCUCACUUACGAACGACCUCGAGAUUCUCGAAGACGGCGAUGAAACAGAGAUUGGCGAAAAGGGCGUCAACCUCUCUGGCGGACAGAAGGCACGCGUCUCGCUCGCCCGCGCUAUCUACUCGCGUGCCAGCACGCUGUACCUCGACGAUGUUCUCUCAGCCGUCGACGCACACACAGCUCACGCGAUCAUGGAGAACUGCCUCCGCGGUCCACUCACUGCCGACCGCACAGUCUUGCUUGUCUCGCAUCACACGACCCUUGUUUCGCCCUCAGCUGCGUUCAUUGUCGCCCUCGAUAACGGCGAUAUCAAGUUCGCCGGUACCCGUCAAGACUUUGUGGAUGGUGGCCUGAUGAAGGAACUCGAGGCCGAGGAUCCUGAGGCGCAGCCGACAACCGGUGAGAUCGCUGAAGAGAAAACGGUUGAGGAGAACAUUUCCGACUUGAAGAAGCCAACGCAUAAGCAGCUGGAGAGCAUAAGCGGAGAACUAUCGGUGCCUGGCUCUGAGCCAGGAUCGGAAACAAGCUCCAUCGCUCCGACAGACGAGGCUACGACCCUUGCUGCGUCCACGGACGGGCUUCUGAAGCAGAAGGUACCGCGCAAGCUCAUUGAGGACGAGAAGCGCGUACGCGGCCGCAUCGCAUGGUCUGUGUGGAAGACGUAUUUCAACGCCCUCGGAGGGCCCGUGUGGUGGAUUGUCUUCUUCUUCGCCAUCCUGGUGUCGACGCUCAUGCCCGUCUUCGAGCGUGGCUGGGUGUCGUACUGGUCCGACGACGACGCUAAGCACCCGAAGCACAGCUCAACAUACUACGUGACUGGCUACGCGGCGAUCACAGUCGCAGGCUGCCUCCUUACCAACCUGCCAUACGCGGUCGUGUACGGAGGCAACCUGCGUGCGAGCCGCAUCCUGCAUGCGGGCAUGCUUAAGGCUGUACUAUUCGCUCCACUGCGUUUCCAUGACACGACCAACCGCGGACGCCUGCUCAACCGCUUCGGCAAGGACAUUGAGGGUCUGGACUCGAAGAUGGCCAACGACUUUGGGCGCUCGAUCCAGUAUGGUCUUAAGGUCGUGUGCACCGUUACGGUGAUUACGUACACUGGCGGCUGGCGUUUCGUCGUUGCACUCUGCGCCGUUUCAGUGCUCUACUACAAGGCCGGUUCGUCGUACGGACAGGCGUCGCGCGACAUGCGCCGCCUCGACUCCGUCACACGAUCCCCGGUAUAUUCUCUCUUUGGCGAGACUGUCUCGGGUGUGGCGGUCAUCCGCGCUUUCGGCGCAAGCACGGUCGCCCUCGCACAGAUGAUGAAGCUGAGCGACACGAACGCUAUGUGCUCAGCGUGGACAUGGGCCAUCAACCGCUGGCUUUCCAGCCGCUUCAACGUUCUCAGCUCAAUCAUGGUGGGCGUCACAGCCAUGGCGAUGCUUAUGGCCGGCGCAAGCGCAAGCAUUGCCGGUUUCACCCUCGCCUUCGCUGGUACGGUCAUGCACGACUUACUCUUCGUUGUGCGCCGUUUCGUGCAGCUAGAGCAGAGCAUGGUCGCAUUGGAGCGCAUCAAGGAGUACAGUGAGGUUGCGCAGGAGGCACCCGAGUUUGUCGAGCCACGCCCGCCUGCUUCGUGGCCAGCUGAGGGAGCGAUCAGCGUCGACAGCCUAGUGAUCCGAUACGCGCCUGAUCUUCCUGACGUACUCCACGGUAUCAGCUUCGAGGUUGCGCCACGUGAGAAGGUCGGCAUUGUCGGCGCGACCGGGUGCGGGAAAAGCACGCUGGCGCUGAGCUUUUUCCGCUUUGUCGAGGCGACGAGCGGGAAGAUCACCAUCGACGGACUGGAUAUUGCCAAGAUCGGUCUCACGGACCUGCGCAGCCGCAUCAUGAUCAUCCCGCAGGACCCCACAAUCCUGAGCGGCACGCUGCGAAGCACGCUCGACGUGUUUGACGAGUACGACGACAGCGAGAUCUACGAGGCGCUCCGGCGUGUGCACCUGAUCAAGGCGGGCGAGGAGGUCGGCGCGGCGCCCUCCGCCGCUGCCGAGGAGGGCGCCCCACGCAACGCCAAUGUCUUCACAGACCUCUCGUAUCCCGUCACCGAGGGCGGCGACAACUUCUCCAGCGGCGAGAAGCAGCUCAUCUGCAUGGCGCGUGCGAUCUUGCGCCGCAACAAGGUGCUGCUUAUGGACGAGGCGACGGCGUCGAUCGACUACGAGACGGACGAGCUGAUCAGCACCACGAUCCGUGCCGAGUUCAGCGACUCGACGAUCAUCACGAUCGCGCACCGCAUCCACACCAUCAUCGACUUUGAUAAGGUGCUCGUCAUGCACCGCGGCAACAUUGCGGAGUACGCGUCGCCGGCGGAGUUGCUGCGCGAUUCCAAGAGCCGGUUCUAUGCGCUGUGUCGCGCCACGGGACGGAGCGAGUUCAAGCAUCUUCGCGAAGCUGCAUUUGAGGCCGAGCGGCGACGCGCGAGGGAGGUUUAGUAGAUAUUGGAAGUGGGAUGUUUAUCUUUCAUAAUAUUCAUGUGGCGCGUCGUGCGCCGGCUCGUUAUCAGGCACUUCUUCUGGCCCCCGCAAAACUGCCAUCCUCAUGCAUUCUAACU